UUUUGUCGAUAAAUCCGCGGCCACACUGCCGAGAUCAUUGCUGUUUUAAACCCCGGAGAUCGCCUGCACCAAAAUAUUAGAUUAGCCUUUUCGUAAAGGUCACGUCCGUCUGCUACCAAUCCGCCGGAGGACACCGCUUCAUCCCGAGUGUACGCCGCAACAAAAGACCUGCCCCCCCCAGCCCACGAGACUUGGAGCAGCGCAGAGCAGAGCUCGCCGCAAUAACAAGACCCCACACCCACACAGGCGCAUCGGAGGAAGAAGAAGCAGCAGCAGAACAAACCCAGCAAGCAGAGUGCACGCCGCCGACGCCGCUGCAGUCGCCCGCUGUCACAAUGGAUGUGGAGGAGAACUACGAGUCCCCGAAUGCCACAGAGAACCAGGACCAGCAGCAUCAACACCCGCAGCAGCAGCAUCUGCAGUUGCAGCUGAAUCUCCAGCAGCAGCAGCAACAACAACAGCAGCAGAUGCAAUGCGAGCCGCUGUUUGGCCUGACCACGAACACAACAACCACCACAAAUCCCAUGAUGGAGACGAACAGCAUCGCCAUACCGCUGCCGGCGCCGCCCGGGACAGCGGGCGGCGUUGUUGUCUCCUCGUCAGCACCAGCCUCACUCCCGGCAUCGUCGCCAGCGGUGCCGCACCAGCCGAAGGGCCUGCCCACGAACGACUUUGAUAUCGACUCGCUGCUGCUGCAGCAGUUCAGCUGCAUGGGCACCACAGACCAUGAGGAUCUGAUUAGUCAGUUCCAGAGCCUCAUGAACAAUCAGAUGAAUCGGGAGUCGGCGCGCUUCUACCUGGAGAUGAGCAAUUGGAGUCUGCAAACAGCCGUCGGCUGCUAUUUGGAUUUCUGCAGUCUGCAGUCGCUGCCAUCAAUGAAGAUCGUCCAGGGGCAGCAUGUGAAUGCCCAGCAGCAGGCGUUCCAGGUGCAAAACGAUGGCACCGAGCGGUGGCCCAACAACUGCUACCUGACCUCGCCCAUCCAGACGCAACGCAUCAAUGUACCAUCCCUGCGACCGGGCGAAACUUGUGAUAUUCUGGCCGAUCUGAUGCCCACCCAGCCGCCAAUUAUGUGGCGCCUCUGCACACCAAAUGGCUGGUAUUUCGGCGAUGCCAUUUGGAUGAUACCGCCGGGCACACAGGCCAGCCAGGAUGAACUGCAGCAGCGCAUGGUGCAGCUGAUCACGUCGGAGGCCAAGCCGGAGGUCUAUCCGCAGAUCAACAUCGUGAUAACGGCGCACACACACUGAGCAGCAGCGGCAGCUCCAGCAUUAUUUUCAUAAGAAAUUUCA